CCGUGAUAAUCUGUCAUGGCGGCUGAUGGGACAAAGUAUCCCAGGUCAGCAUCGCCAAAUGAGGAUUACAACCCUUUGCACGACGAGACUGAAGCUAAAUUUUUCCACCAACAAAGUCAUGAUGCAGACAUUAGUGAAGAAGAAGAUCAGUUCAAUUCUGUUGAAUCUCUACCAGACAAUAUGUAUUCCAAUAUGGUGUAUGGCACAACACCACCCGCCAAUCCAAGAAGUGCAAAACUUGAAAAAGGCAAAAAACACUCUCAUCAGCGUAAAGUGUCUUACAAGGAGUAUAUUGCUACAAAAAAGAAACCUCAGCCAAGAACUCCAGUUAACAUCAUAAAAGAUCAGUAUGCAGACAAUCCAGUAUUUUGUAAACUCAGUGGUGUUGAUUCCGAUGACAACCUUGAAAGGGAUUUCUCACAAGAUGCAGAAAAAUUGAACAAAGAUAAUCGAAGUACCAAGAAAAAAAUUCUGAAAACAUCAAGGAGUUAUGAUAGGCAUUUGAAGGCUACUUCUGGUGAUUUGUCAAAUCUAGAUACAAAUACCGCUGACGUUUCUUUGACAACGUCCGGUAGAUUUUCAUCAACCAAUCCUCCAAGGAUUGACUUGUCAGGAAGGUUUUCUUCUUUGAUAAAUCGGCCAUCGCCUCUGACAAUAACUUUGACAAAUUCGUUAAAUUUAUCUAGUAGCUUGAACAGUUCUUGGGGUCCAUCAAAGCCUGAUAGCAGAAGGUUAUCUGUAGUCUGUCCAGAUUGUCCAAAGGACAGAAGUGAUUUCUACAAAAUCUUCUCCGCUCUUAUUCAGAUGGGCUCUCAACCUAAGAAGGAGAAAGAUCAUAACAGAAAAGAUAAAUUUGGAGCAUAUCGUCGACAAAUAAGCUCUGAACAAGAACUGUGGCAACAGCAUUUUGUGGAUUAUCUCUGGCUUGAACUACGAAUGGAACACUUAGGUUAUACUAGUUUUAAAGACUUUGAGGAUAAUCUAAGAGUAGAGAAAGCAAGAAUUCCACAGGUUCUGGAAGACAUCAUGAACUUUAAACUUGACAAUAAAGAUUUUAUACAACUUUGUGAUAUACCUGUGUAUAAUAAAGAUGCCAGUCAUGACCUGUCCUCGCCCGAAAUACUUUCAUGUGAAAAUAAUUCUAUAACCACGGAAACCAUUAGUUUUCAAAAAUUGGCAGUAAGCCAAGUGGAAGAAUUAUUAGACAAGUUAGACCAGUGUGAACAAUUAUUUCCUACUUCAAAAGCAUUUGCCAAGGAAUGUCCUCAGUAUGGUAGUAAAGAGUUUACCUUACAGGUGAAAUCUUUAUACCUGUGGUUAAAUAUAACUAGAGAUCUUUGUCAUAAAAUGAAACAAUUAGGUAAGAUGUUGGGUGUUCAAUACAUUCCAGAUAUUGACUGGCCAAUGAUGGACUUUGAAAGUCCACGAUGGCAUGAAACAAAAUCAAGUGUGUCUUUUCAUCGUGAGAGUAUACCAGAAAUCCGGGAACCAGAUUCUAGUGAAAGUGAAGACGAAGGUAUUGCAAACAACAAGUUGUCUCCUGGCGAUUCAAGUCAUUCCACAAAACGUGUUACAUUUACAAUGGGUUCAGGGAAAGCCAGUCCCACAAAUGAUGUGCCAAAAGAUACUUCUACCCCAUUAAAACCAAGUAUUAGAUAUUAUUCUACAUCGUCCACUGAUUUGUCACGAGUGUCAAGUGAAGCUAGUAUAAUGGACGAUUUUGCAAAGACAACAACAUUUGUGUAUAGGAAGUUUGUAGAUAAAACACUUAAACGAAUGGGUAUGAACAAAAUGUUAUUAAGAUUCCGUGAAUUGUUUGAUAGAACGUUACAACGGGCUCAAGAAGCUUUGCAAAAACCAUCCACACCGUCUGCUGAAGGACAAUCACCAAAGUCCUCGGGAGAUGAUGCAAACACUCAAAUGUCCACGUCUCCAGCUGCUCUGGACUUCCUCUGUGUUCAGGACUUCCCCCAUAAUACACCAGUCCAUCGUAGUUCUAGUAUAACAGAUUGUGGAGCGUGUAGUGAACAGUUUCAGAAGAUGGGUUUGCCAUCAUUUAGACCAAGUUAUCUAUUUCUAUUACAAGUGUUUAUGGAUGUUAUUCACGAGGCCUUGAGAUUAAGGUUAGAUCAAAGACCUAUGGGUGAGCCUUCACAUCUCAGUAUUAGACCGCUUUUGAGAGAAUGUAAGGAUGUUCUACAAGGUGCUGUGAUUGUUAAACAGUAUUAUCAACACAUGGUGUAUGCUGUGUUUGCUGAGGAAGAAAUGAUGGACUUGGAACAGUUUGAUCAAGACCUGAGGAAAAUGCUUGAUGAAUAUCUCACUUAUCUACAAACUUGGUUAUAUAUGUUACAAAAUCUGCCUGAAGCUUCAAGAAGUCUUAAGAAUGUACUUGACACUGAGUGGACAUUUACUAAAGGCAUUUGUCCUUAUAUUAUUGGAGGUGAAGCAGAGGCGGGAAAGAGGUUUAGCACUUUAGCAAGCAGUCUGUUAAAUUCUAUUGUGGAUUUCAUGGAGACAGGUAUAGAUGAUUUCACAGCCUCCUUGUAUGACUGGAAUAUGAGAGAUGAUGAAGAUGAGGAUCUAGAUGAAAAUGGUGAUGAAUAUGCAGAUGAAGAAGAUGAAAAUGGCAAUGCACAAUUUAUUUCACGAGAUACAGAUGAUGACAGCCUUGAUCCUUCAGAUUAUGAAAAUUCUAGGGAUGAUCAUGUUAAAAGAAUUAUGGAACUGAGACAUUCAUUCCAACAAACCUCCAGAAACUGUAAGAAGUUAUUUAAUGAAGCAAGGGAAAGAGCCACCAAAGCAUUAGGUUUUGCCAAAAUAUUAAGAAAGGAUCUUGAAAUAGCAGCAGACUUUAACAUAAUAGUCAACACAGCUGAGUUAAUGGAUAAAUUAAAAGAAACAAAUCAUGCCUUGGUGAUGGCAUCCAUGAAUCCAGGCUAUCAGAUGUUUAUACCAAACAAAAUAAUCAACAACCAACAAUUGAUUCUACAGUUACUGAAUGUCACCUGUGGUCGGGAUGAUGUUUCAAGGUCACAAGAUGACCCUCACAAGGAAGAUGGUUACCUGUUGAUGGUGAAAUGUGAAGGGGGACGAGAUCAUAAAUCAGAAUGUCCAAUCUGGGUCGGGAACUCUGUCAAAGUGGAACCAACAGCAGAAACUACUAUAGCCCUAUCUCAUAUUGAGGUUCAAGGAUUGCUGUUAGUUGUAAUCAAUGCUGGACAUUUAACAACACAGAGAAAAGAGUUUGAAGGGUAUGCUGGGAAAACAGUGGAGCUAGUCAAUGAACAAACCUCAUGUCAUCAAGCAAUAGCUGAAUCUUUAGCUGAGUUAAAAUCAGCUGCUGUAGAGUUACAAGAAAAAGUAGUUUUAGCCAUUAAACAGGUGGAUGAGAAAUUAAACUUUGAAGAUAUAGCAAACCUAGAAGACAACGAAAAAUACCAUCUACUGAACCUGUACAGAGAAACUAUGCUCAAAGGCUAUAACUUUGGAUUUGAGUAUCUGAAGGAGGUAACAAGGUUAGUUACAGGAGAGCCACGACAGAAACUAGGGACACGUCUCGUUAGCUUUGCCAAACAAUGGAUGCAGUUUGUAAUGGAGAAAUGUGAUAAAGGAAGAGGAAUGAGGCCAAAAUGGGCUAGCCAUGGACUUGAUUUCCUCACUGUAGCCUGUCAGCCUGUAGUACUUGCUGGAUUAACAGAACAAGAAUUUCAGGAUUUGAAGCACAGUAUCAACAACUGCAUAUCACAUGUGAUAGGAUCAGCUGAUCGUAAUAUACCUACAAGUCCAACUCAUGGUGGAUCCAUGCAUUCUUCAAGGUCAUCAAGUUCUGAUUUUGGAGGUGGGCGGUCCUAUAUGAGAUUCCCAUCCUGGCCAACAACUGAGUCACCAAUCAAACGAUCUACAUCACAGAUGUCAACAAAGUCAGCUGAUGGAGUUUCCUCCCCUUUGUCUGCGGGCUCUGACACAAGAAGUUCCAAACGCAGCUCUAUAGAAUCUAUGCCAGAAGUAUUAGAGUCGUGUAUUUACGAUGGGGAAGACGGUGGUCUAAUUUUAGAUAUAUGUCACCGACGUCGCAGUAGAGGUGGGUCUUGUGAUUUUAGCCAUGAAAUAAUACCACUGUCUGAGAAAGCUUCAAAGAAGAUAGAAAAACUGGAGGAGGACAGGACCAAGAAGUUACAGGAACAAAGAGUGAUUGGCAGGGAAGUCAGUAAAAAGUCAGAGACAGACUACCGUAUCAAUGUACGAAGGGUUAAUUUUAGAUGGCAAAGAGGUUUAAAAAUAGGUGAAGGUCAGUUUGGAAAGGUAUAUUCUGCUGUCAACAUGGAUACAGGUGAUCUGAUGGCCAUGAAAGAGAUGAAAUUCCAAGCUAAUGACCACCAAGCCCUGAAGGAGAUUGCUGAUGAGAUUAUAAUGUUUGAGGGAAUACAGCACCUCAACUUAAUAAAGUACUAUGGUGUUGAAGUACACAGGGAUGAAAUGUUGAUUUUUAUGGAGUAUUGUGACAGAGGAACAUUAGAAGAAGCCAGUAAAAUGGGACUACCUGAACAUCUCAUGGCAUUGUAUGCCAAGGAAAUCCUCAAAGCUAUUGGUCACCUUCAUGAGUUCAAUAUAGUCCAUAGAGACAUCAAAGGAGCUAAUGUCUUUCUGACUUCUGAGGGAUGUCUUAAGUUGGGAGAUUUUGGUUGCUCAGCCAAGCUAAAGAGUCAACAGACCAUGCCAGGAGAGUUCAAUAAUAUGGUAGGAACCACAGCUUACAUGGCCCCUGAAGUUAUCACUAAAAGUGGGUCAGGAGGUCAUGGUCGUGCAGCAGAUGUCUGGAGCUUAGGGUGUGUCAUCAUAGAAAUGGCUACAGGAAAGAGACCAUGGCAUGAGUUGGAGAAUAACUAUCAAAUCAUGUUUAAAGUAGGAAUGGGUAGUAUACCUAGUAUUCCAGAUACGUUAAGUUUUGAUGGCAAGGACUUUGUUUCACAUUGUCUAGAACCAGACCCAGAAAUAAGAUGGACUGCAUCUCAAUUAAUAGACCAUCCAUUUGUCAAGGUACAAAUGGAAGAACCUGAUGGAGAUUCUUAAAGGGAGAUAAUACAGAUAAUACCAAAGGGAGACAAUCUACUACAACUAUUGAGGAAUCAUAUUCUUCUGCAGAAAGAUGGAUCAAAGAUCAUCUAACUAAUUAAUGAACUAUGAAGUACAGUAGUGAAGAUUUAACCAGCAAUAUAACUGGUACGGUGGCAACUCAUUUUAAAAUUGUGUAACAUCUUAAUUUGAUAUUCACUUUCUUACUCCUUCAAGUGAUUUUAUAGGCUUUAGUUAUAUUAAAAUUAUUUUUGUUUUGUUUUAAUGAAAUUGUUUUCACAGUAGGAUGAAGAGCUCAUUUCUGUACAACACAUGUUAAGUAAAAAAACUGUCCCAAAAUUUCAGUCUCAUUAACAUUAGUCCCCUCAAAAUAAUUCUUAAAAUUAAUAGCUAAUCAUCAUGAUCAUUUAUAUGCAAUUUGAUAUAAAUUGAUAAACAAAUAACUGUAAACACCUAUUUUUGUGUAUGUCUCACUACCACCAAUAAAAGGUGUAUACACAAGAUAGUACAAACUAUAUCUUCUUACCAUGCAUGUGGACAGGGCAGUGUUAAAUAUCGUAGCUGCUAAUUAGUGCUACAUAGAUCUUGACUAUUGAACAUGUUGCUAUAGACUAGUUGCUACAUAGAUAUUGAUAGCAGCUACGUAGUAGCUACGAUAUUGAACUCAACCCAGGUAACUGUUGUCUCAUAUAUAGUAGACUUCAUUUGUCUGCAAUCAGUACAAACAAUAUUUCUGUGUGAAAUUUCAUUUCAUUUGCUCAACCUUUUGUAAUCUCUUGCUCAUUUUAUUUAUUGUCAGAAUAGUCCUCCAUGUUUAUGAAGUUUGACUGCCACAAUCAGUAGGAUUAUAAUUUAGUUGUGGAUAAAAUAUUUUAUUUUUUGUUAUUUAAUAUUUUCAUUUGUUUGAAUUUUAAAAUGUGACCAUAUUUUAUGUCUAGAAAAUUAUUCAGCCUGAAGUACUCUUUAUAUUUUACAAUAGUCAGUAACAACUGUAAAUAACAAUUGGCAGUAUAAAAAUAAUCAAUCAUAUUAUGCAGAAAUUAUUUUUGUAAAAAAGAAAAUUGUAAUGAGAAUAAUCAGUGAAUAAGUUUUUUAAAUUGCUAAUGUAAUCAUUUCAUAUCAUUUGAUCUCUCAUAUGGGCAUUUGUGUAUAAGGGCUUAAUUGAUUAUCUGAAAAUGGUACCAAAUCUCUUAAUGUAUUUAUUAGACGAAGCAAAAAAGUGAUGGAACAGCCUUAUAAUGUCUCCUACAGUUCAGUCAUAUUCUUUAUUUUAUAUAAAAACAAAUUGUAAUGAUAACUAUGUGAAGGUCUAUUCUUUUAAAAGCAUUAUUGACAAUUGUACUUAAUUUCAAAGUUAAAAAAAACAAGGCUAAUAUUCUGCUUUUUAUGAAUUAUAAUGUUGAAUCUCAAAUAAAAUCAUGCUAGCAAUACAUCCAACCCAAUAUUUGUCUCCACUCCUUUAAAACUUAUCUAUUUUCCCUGAAUGCCUUCAUUUUAAUUGAUAUUUAGUAGUUCGAAUGGAUUUGCUGGGCUUUUCUAUUGAAAAUAAUACUACUGUUUGCCCAACUUGUUUAAUAUGAAAUAGAAUAAAGAUUUAAUUAGCAUUGUGUUUGAUGUUCAGAAGAUCCAUAUACCUGUGAAACAACAUUCUACAUUUGUGUGGUAAUGCUAUCUAUUUAUGGGAUGAUGUUAUUUCUAUUAUUUGAACCAAUUCAACAUAUUACAUAUGUACAGGAUGGGACAUUGUGUUUACAAUUUAUAUAUCAAAACAUUAUGGACUUAAAAAGUUGAUAGAAUUUACAACUAUUUAAAAUUGAAUGUAAACUGAAAUGUUUGUUUUGUCUAUGGAAAGUUUUAGAGAUAUGUAUGGGUUUAAUUGUAGUAAGAUGCACACUAAAUAUUUCUUUUAAAGAUGUCAUUUUCUUUUGUCCUUACAUCACUCUUAUUUUAACAGUUUUAUUUUUGACAGUUGUUAUUGUUUUUUAAUUUAUUUAAGUUAGUGCUUGUUUGUAAUUUCUGUGAUAUUACCAGUUCUCUUUAAUGUACUGUAAAUUCAGAAAUUAGUGUAGUCAUUUAUUAUUAUGAAUGAUAUGCAUGGUUAAAUUAUUCUAUUGGAAAAAAAGAUUAUGAUGAAAAAUUAUUUCUGAAAUUAUGAAUGCAAGUUUUUAUUAUUGCCACCUUUUUGCAUUAGUUAACACAUUGCAAUGAUUUCUGAAUAUGCAGUUAUAUUUUAUACACAUGAGUUUGGUGGUCAGUUGCCCGAUAAUCAAAAAAGUAUUCAAAGUGAAACUAUUUAACUGCCUUAAAAUGUUGCUUAUUGUAAAAAAAAGUAUUAAGUCAGUGUUUAAAAACUUUUGUUUUAUUGGUUUUAAAGUAUAUCAGAAUAAUGCAGGACAGGUUUUCUUAAGAUGCUGUCACAAGUUCAGACAUAAAAAGCACUAUAGACACAACCUUUUAUAUAAAGUAUUAAUUUUCACAAUGGAAACCUUUUACAUAUAUAUCUGUAAUAACACUAACAGUACCCGUUUUCCUGCACCAGAUGCGCAUUUCGACAAUUCAUGUCUCUUCAGUGAUGCUCGUGCCCAAAAUAUUUGAAAUCUUUUUUAAUUUGUAAACCAUUAUAAUAAAUGACCAAUUCUCUCUUCUUUAGCAAGAUAAAUUUCUAAGCAUUUUUGGUGAUGAAACAUCAAAUUUAUCAAGUGGAACUUUUGAAAUAAAUGUUCUUGUAUUAAUAUUUAUCAUCUUUGCUGUUAACAAAUUUUGUUUUAACCCUAAUAGUUGAUAUCAAAGACACAAAAAACAGAUAGAAUAUGAAACAUAUCAGAAUAUAGUCAUUAAGGAAGUAAAUUAUUUGGUUGUGAAAGGGAGAUCUUUAUCAGUAAAUAGUGAAAAAAUUGUCAGUAUUGAAGAAUUUACUUUUACUAAAAUAUCUGGUUUAAUUUUUUGGUUGGUUUUUGUGCCUUUGUUAGUAGUUAACACAUGUUUUAUAGUAUAACAAAAUUUCAUUCCAAGUGGUUUUUUAUUUCUAAUUAAGUAAACCAAUGACAAACAUCAAUCAACUUAUAUGUAUAGUUUGUUAAUUAUGCACAUUUUUCAUUCAAAUUUUUGAUUAAUUUACUUUAAAAAAAAAGUGUACUUAGAAUUGUUUAUGAGUGAUGUCUCCAUAUUUUGGCCUGAAUGAAUGGAUGGCUUAUAAUAAUCAACUUUUAAAGUACAAAUUACUUCAUUGUUCUAUUUCUCAAGUAUACUUGUCCUGAAGAACAUGCCAACCAUUUAAACUGCUACUUUGUGGUAAUUUAUUAUUGUUGUUUUUAAUGUUGAUUUGCUCUUACUUUUUGAACGACAACUGUGAAUACGUAGAGGUGUACCCUCGUAUGGUUACAAUUUUUUAGUGUGUGUGUGUAUGAGAUUAAGCAUGUUUGAUAGAUAAGGGAUGAAUUAUAUCAUUGAUAUUUCAUCUUUGCUUUGCAGAAUAAUGAAAUAUUAAAGAUUCAAGUAUUGAAUGAAAAUCAUAAGAUAUUUUUAAUGUAGUUCAUUAUAUUGUGGAAAUUGAAAAUCAAAUAAUUUUUUUCCUAAAAAUAUAUAUCCCAAGACCAUUACUGAUUGCAUCUUAAGUUAAGUUACAAAUUUUAAACUGAUUUUAGAAUUUACACAAAAAAUUAGUUUUUCUCUGUGUCUAUAAGUCAGUAAUUGAGUUUGACCAUGUCAUCUCAGGUUUAAAGAAUCGAAUGAUAUUUGUUUGUUGAUCAUGUGAUAAUCUGCAUUGAUCAUGUGAUAAUCUGCAUUGGUCAUGUGAUAAUCAGUGUUGAUCAUGUGAUAAUCAGUGUGAAAUGUUAUUUAUUGAUGUGAAAACACCUAUUUGUUAUCCUAUGUAUAUAUUGUACAUAAAUGUUAUAUUGUGUAAAUAUGAGAUUUUAAUGUACAAGUUGUUGAUUGGUUGUCAUAACGUGUAAGAUAUUUGAUUCUUAUUGAGAAUUAAAUAAAUAAGAAACUUAU